AUGUCAUUUGGGCCACGAAAACCCCUCGGACCAGCACGCCCCAUUCGGCCAGCUGUGGCAAAAAAGUCAACCGUUCGGCCUGCCGUUCGUAGUGCACAACCGAAAGCCCAGAGCAGUGUCACCAAAGCCAAAGCACCGCCAGUGACAGCGCCGAAGAAGGCAACCUCUAUCGCAGCAGCACCGGCGAAGCCAGUCGCUCCAAAGCCACCACCAACACCCGAACCGCCAGCCGCUGAUUACGAGUCAGACUUUGAGUCGGACGAAAGUGUCCCCGAGGGCAUCGGUAGUUCUAGUUCCGGUGCAAGCGGCGGCGAGAGCACGGACUCAGAUAGCUCCUCGUCGGAAGCUAGUGAUGAAGAUGGGGUUGACCACAGAGAGGCGGAAAAGGACGAUAAGCGGCCAGUUGUUCCUGCAGAGAGUACCCUGCCAGAAGGUCGUAAAAUCGAUAGCAUACCGAGAGUGAUCGCGAAAAAGGUCAACCCCCGUACCGCCCGAAGUGUGGAUAUUUUAAGCAAAAUAUCCUUCAACGAGGUGAUGAUCGAUCUGUACCAGUUCGACCCGGAAGAGUAUUUUGAGCUGCGAACACGCUUCGGCAUCACCACGUCCAUCGCCCACGGGAAGCAUACCCAAACAGACACCGGGACAACGUCGACGGCCCAGCAAACGUCCCGUGUGCCAAUGCGUAACCGUUCGACAUGUAUGCAGGGAAAACGGCAAGCCGGCGAUGAGGAGGACGUCUGGGACGAUGGCGACGAUGGUGACGAAGAUGGCGUCCAGAACUACAGUAGCCUGCAGGGUAUCGAACGAAUGUUUUCCACACUAAGCGGGGCUUUAGAGCGUCCGUUCUCUAGCGCAGGUUCAUCGAUUCGAAAGCGUGUGGCAGAGCGCCAACACCCAACUCAACAACUAGGAAUGCUGCAGCUUGUGCGACGCGCCGCUCCCAUUUUCGAGGCACUUCUAGAGCGAACCCAACACCGCCGAAGCAACCCGGACCAAACGGCCAACGAUGAUAGUCUUUCUUUCAUAUCCGCAAACUUCGAUAAAAGGCUGUCGGGGUCGAAUAAAGUUUUGCGUACCUUCGAUACUGGCAAGACUUUUGAGGUACGCUUGUUGCAGAAUGUGGACUCUUGUAAUGGUGAAAAAUCGGAAAAUCAAAUGGAGCGCUUCGUAAUUGAAUGCUGGGCCAGUGGCACCUACACGAGACCUACGUACAGGUUCAGCUCAUGGUCUUCCAUCGUUUGUUUGGACUACGACUGUCGAAGAGGAAUGAUGGUAUUUGGUGGAACGGUCGAUGGAACGCUUCAAAUGUGGCUAGGAGAUGCUGGCCGCUGCUACAACGAGAUCCUACCGCCACACCAGAUUGUGGCUCCGGAUGUCGAUGCCAAGCACAAGUUCGGUUGUUGGGAAAUGGUCACUGUGAAGGUCCUACCAGUGCCCGUCAUCAGGGACAGCGUGCUAGAGACCGGAAAUGACUGCAUGCUCGAACAGGUGUUUGCGCUGUACUCCACCGGUACAGUUGUAGUGUGGCACAUUCAGACCCUACAAAGAGGCGUGUCUGCCGCCCCGAAUGCGCUAAACGCGAUCCUUGGUUUCAAAGAAAUAACCCUCGUACGGUCAAAAGUCAUCGACAUAAACACGCGACUCGGAAGACGUGUGCCGGACGAUCCGCUUCGAUUCUUCCGCAAUCUAAUAUUGCAUGACCACUACCAGAUGGUGGUAUCUAGCGAUCGUACAGUGAUAAGAUUGAGCCACUUCGUGGACUCAGAUCACGAUCCUGCUAUUUUACUUCAACCGGACCCUGCUCAUUCCAUCGUAACGCUGAAGAAAAUGGCACAUCCCAGCGACACCUUGUUUGCACUGUAUUCGAACAAAACGGUUCACGUGCUGAAGCUGUGCACCGAUCCAGGCUGUAGCGUGAGUGACCGUAGCCACGAUCGUAAGCAAGAAACUCGCCCAAAUCUGGUGUUCAGUAUGGGCACGAAUAAAUCGUGCACAAUUCAGAGCAUCGUUCACGACGAAGCCAAACGGUACGGCAAUACCAACAGCACCACUGAAGGACGCGCCGAUGGUGGAACUAUUGGGCGGGUUGGGCGCCCCGAACCAGAAGACGACGGCACUGUGGAGGCGAUCCCGAGGCCACGCUUUCAUCACGGGCAACAGAUACUGUUCUUUUGCUCACAGCAUCCGGAACAGUUACUGAAUGACGAAACAUUCAAAGAAACGACGAUAAUGUUGCAACGUUUAAAGUAA